AUGGGUAGCGACGGCGGGGGCUACGGGGCUGGCGGGGGGUUCGGGGGGCUGGACGCGCUGGCUGCGAAGCAGAUGGCGGCGCUGCAGGCGACGUCGCUGGCAAAGGCCGGCAACCGUUCUGCGCCUGGCGGAACCUCGGUGCCUUAUUUCGGCGGAUUGUUGACACCGCAAUCACAGCCCGGGCGGGGUUCGCUGGGCCCUCCCCUCCCGCCCCCUCACGGCUCACCGCCACCGCCCAACCCGACCAUGGCCCUCCAACAGAUGCAGCAGCUCCAGAAGAGGCGCCAGUUCCUCGGCGGGCUCGCCACCGUCCACUCGCGCAGCAACCCCCUUCCCCCCGACCUCGUCGGCGUCCCCUGGCCCCAGGGCUACGACCCCGCCUCGUCCCCCUGGAAGCCCCUCGACAUCUCCCGCGCAGACCACGGCGUCAUCCGCCUCGCCGCCAAGGACGUCGAUCUCUACAAGCUGUGGGUCCUUGUCCUCCAGGGCGGCGGCGGCCACAAGGUGAACCAGCAGGGCCUAUGGCCCGCCAUCCUCCGCCAGUUCGACCUCCCAGACCAGUUCCCCGAGCCGCCUCAACACGGCCAGCCCGUCGCCCCCGUCCUCGCGCGGUACUACAUGAUGAUCGUCGCGCCCUUCGAGGAGGCAUACCGGAGGAACCUGCGCGAGCAGCAGAUGCGCGCCGUACAACAACAAGGUGCGCAGCAGAUGCCAGGCAGUGCACAAGGCGGACUGCCCGACGGCCUGCCAGGCCCCUCCAGCAUGGGUGCGAUGCCAGGCAUGUCCUCCGACGCAAGCAUGAACAUGGGCGCUAUGGGUCCAUCCAUGUCGUCAGGAUCGUCCCAGAUGCUCGACAGUGCGGUUCCGAACCAGGCAUCACCCCCCAACCCUUCCCAUACGCCGCAGCUCGCGCAACACUCCCCCGUUGCCGGGCUAAAUGGGGCUGCCGGCAUGAGCGCAUCCUCGAGCUUGACGCACAUGACCCGAUCAACUUCGAGCCUCGGACCCAGUUCCAUUGUGGGACAAGAACUCAACGGCGCUGACGCCGACCAGGAGGCCAACGGCCGGAAGCGCAAAUUGGGAGAAGCCGAGGAUUUAGACCCGAAACGCGUCAGGCAGAAGACAGGUAGCGCAGACCUCUCUGACAUGCGGGCCUCCGUGCCUCCAGCCGGGUCGCAGAACGGACAUGCUGCACCUGCGCCGGCAAGGGUAAUCAAACAGCCGUCCCGACGCAGGAUCGAAUACGUUCCACUCGCCAGGCCUUUGGAAACCUCUGGCGGGAGGGACGUCGAUGCAGUCCAACAUGAGCUCCUGCGCGCCAGCCAUCGGCCGCUUAAGGACAUGAAUGAAUGGGGACAGGUCGACAUUGACGCCGUCACACUGUCCCUGCGUUCACGUCUGACGACGGAACUGUCCUACGCUCUGACUACAUUCACCAUGCUUACCCUCAUGCGAUACCCACAUAAAGAACCAGGCUUCCCGAUCCUCCAAGCCCCAGAGUUACUGGAAGAGGCCCUCGACUUGCUCGAGGACAUCGCAUUCGACGGCGACGACGACGCGUUCAUAACGCCUGCGCCACAUGGCCACAUUCGGACGCACAGGGAGUUGGUUAACGGUGUGGUGGAGGAAGGCGCAACACCUUUUGCAGCCCUACACCCAAAACAAGGGUGGAAAAAUCCUGACACCGGACCUCGCCCACGUACGGGCGAGACAGUACUCGCAGUGAUGAACAUCAUCCGAAAUCUAUCCAAUAUGCCGGACAACCACGACUACCUCGCAAAACACGAUCGCUUGCUUUCGAUCAUCCUCCGUCUCUCUCGUUUGGCUCCGUCGGACGAUCCAAAUGCGCUGCCAUUACCCGCCUCAAAAGUACUGUCACUGCAGGACCUACUGACAUUGCGGAAAGAUGUCGUGCACAUCCUCAUCAACGUCGCGGGGACCAUCACAUUCUCCUCUGCCACCCCUCCUCCAAAACAAGAUGUACUGAAUGUGCGCCGCGCAUUCGAGCUUCUGGCCUCGUACCUGGUGGAUCCAGUAGAAGCCGUGCCGCCCUUCGCCAGCAUGCUCAUGUCGGGCAUCCCACCAGCCGUCCACCACCCCAAACCCCCGCCCCUCGCCGACGUCACGCUCGAAGCGUUCACGCGCCUCUUCCAGCCCGACGACAACCGGCGGAUGCUCUGCCAAGCCGUCUCGCAAGAGUGGCUGUGGACGCUGAUGCAGUCGCUCGUGCACCGGCUGCCCGUGUCCGACAACGACUUCCAGGUGGUCAUGCGCGACGUGUGGCUCGGCUUCGUCGAGAAGCUCGUGAUGGCGAUCUACGCGCUCGCCUUCCUCGCGCCGCCGCCGCUCAAGAAGCGCAUCAAGACGAACCGCAGCCUCGGGUUCACGAAGGUGCUCCUGCGGCUCGUCAAGAAGUUCUCGAUCUACUCCCCGCCCGACGCGCGCAUGUACUUCAUCAUCUCCGUCCGCCGCGCGAUCGAGGCGAUGCGCCUCAUCGAUGACGCGGAGGACUCGUUCGACGCGGCGCAGAUGCCGUCGGGCACGACGCUGAUGUUUGGCAUGGGGUACGGCGAGCACGGCGAGAGCAGGCCACAACGCGGCAUGGGGCUGUUGAGCGGGCACCAGGACGAGAUUACGUGGGGCUUGAUGCUGCAGCGCGAGAUCGUUGCGGAUGACUUGAUGUUUACGGAGCUGGAGAGCUUGGUGCGGGUGGAUAACACGCUGUCUGUCUCAUGA